AUGACCGCCAGCACCGAAAAUGGCGCUGUGACAUCAGCGACGACGGCCUCGUCAUUGAGGAAGCGCCACACAGCCACGUCUCUUCUGCAAAGAUGCGACCCGAUCCCUCCCCGAAGCAAUGGCGAGGUCUGGGGUCGCACCGGCGGUGGCAGGUCCUGGUUCGGCGCGUUGAUCGCCUCGACUCCGGUUGUCCUGGCGCCCCUCGCAUCCAUCUCGACGUUCAUCACGCUCGCUGCGUUUGAAGGAUCAUACGCCUCGUUCGCCGCCGCCGUGGCAGAGCAAGGAUUCUGGGUCAUCUGCUGGAAGUACGGACCGCAGCUGACCCUCAAAGGCGCAUUUGCAGUCGUUUGCUGGGUCAGCUUCCAGGCGCUCCUCUUCGUGUAUCUGCCCGGCCAUUUGCAGACUGGACAGUACACACCAGCCGGACAUCUGCUCACCUACCGCAUCAAUGGCCUCUCUGCGUGGGUCCUGACUCACGUAUUGUACUUUGUCCUCUGUUGGAAUGAUCUCUUAGACCCUGGCUUCAUCCCGCGCAACUGGAGCAGUCUGAUCGCGGCGCUCAAUGUGGCUGGUCUGCUCAUUUCGGCUCUCGCAUUUGUGAAGGCCUACGUGAGCCCAACGCACGCAGACGACCGAAAAUUCAGCGGUUCUUUGAUUUAUGACUAUUUCAUGGGAAUCGAGCUUAACCCUCGGAUCGGCGAUGCAUUUGAUCUGAAGCUUUUCAGUAAUGGGCGCCCGGGGAUGAUCCUCUGGACUCUCAUUGAUUUUUCCAACCUUGCGUAUCAGCACCAGAUGCAGGGGCACGUCCAGCCGUCUCUGGUACUCGUCUCCAUCCUCCAAACCCUGUAUGUGGUGGACUUCUUCAUCAACGAGUCUUGGUAUCUACGCACAAUUGAUAUUGCUCAUGACCACUACGGCUUUUACCUCGCCUGGGGCUGUUUCUGCUUCCUGCCUACGACGUAUACGAUCCAGGGACAGUACCUGGGAAUGUACCCUUCAUCGUCAUCGACCGGUUACCUUGCCGUCGCCUUUAUCGUUGGCCUGGCAGGGUAUGUGCUUUUCCGCUCCGCCAACUACCAAAAGGACAAGGUCCGCAGCAGUGGGGGGCGAUGCCAGAUUUGGGGGAGGCCCGUGGAGUACAUCGAGGCCGCAUACACGACCUCGGAUGGAAAGGAGCACAAGAGCCUGCUGGUUUGCAGUGGAUGGUGGGGCUGGUCAAGACACGCGAAUUACGUGGGGGACUUAUUUCUCAGCUACAGCUCCUGUGCUCUGGUGGGCAGUACGAAGUUGGUGGUGUGGACGUAUGCCAUUUGGAUGACGGUUCUACUUGUCCAUCGAUGUAUGCGAGACGAGAAGCGAUGUUCUGUCAAAUAUGGCCCAGCCUGGACCGAGUAUUGCAGAAGAGUGCCCUGGCGAUUCGUACCUGGUAUCUGGUAA